AUUAUCAAUACGAAAAUUGAUUACAGUUACAAUCUAGUACCUAAAACAGUUCAUGAAUCACAACGUUAUGACAUUUUUAUAUAAUAAAGAAAAAAUUGACUGAAAGUUAGCGUGUGACUUAAAAAUACUGCAAUGAUUGAUCUACAGUUUAACAAUAAUGAUUUAGCGAAAAAAACGAUUCUUCAGAAUUUCAUAGAAAACUAAUUAGGUGCAGUUGAGGGAAGAGUACCUGAGUAAAUGUGACAGCAAAGAGUGAUAAGGGCUGCCAUAGAAAACGUAUGCUAACUACCUGUGAUUAUCUAAGUUUUUGAAUUAUGAAGUGAUUAGGUUACCGGAGCCAUUGUCAGAAGAUUUUUCUAACACACGGUUGAUACUCCUUUACAUCUGGGCUUUGAACUCCUAAUACAAUGUUCUACUUCUAGGGACUAGCUCAGUUUUUAACUCUACUCAGUACAGUUCAACUUUACUCUUUUUUGAUUGAAAAUGCUUUGCACUAGCUUAUGAAGGCGACACUGAAGGUGACACUACUAAGCUAUCAAUCUUCUUGCAUCGUCUUUGUUCUCUCUCAACCAGCGAAUCACGUUCAGCUACGUAUAAAAGUUCCUGCCUACAAAGUAUACGCCUUCGAGUUGUUUACGCAGUUACGAAAUCAUUUUCUACCUUAAAUUUCUUACUUUUACCAUUAAGAUCGGCCAGAGCAGAAACAAGAUUGAUAACAUAAAAAUUAUAAUUAACCUAUUGGUAGAAUUAGAAUCAUCCUUGAAAAGAUAUCUUAAGAGAAAAUAGCCUUAGAAGACUGUUACCACGACAGAAUAAACAGAAAAUUCGGAGAAGAAUGCAUUCACGAGUACCGCUCCCCAGAAAUGCUACGACAUUACUGGUUCUAAUGCUUAUUGGCACAAAGCUAAAGAAGAUUUAAAAGCAAUAAUAGCCCAUGCUGGAGCUCCAACAUUCUUUUUCACAUUCUCCUCUGCUGAUAUGCAUUGGCCUGAACUUCAUGCAAUUUUUGGCAACUCAGUCAGUAUUAAUUCAACUGAGAACAAACGGCAGAAUGUCAUUAACAAUCCUCAUAUUACAGACUGGUUCUUUACACAGCGUUUAGAAAGUUUUAUUAAAUACUGGUUAUACAAUUCACUAGAUGCUGAGUGGCACUGGUACAGAUUUGAAUAUCAAGCUAGAGGUAGUAUACAUUGUCAUGGUGUAGCAAAGCUGAAAAAUGAUCCAGGUUUAUGUAAACUCUCAGAAACAGCUCUAAAAGGCUAUUUGGCUGAAAUGUCCACUAAUACAGCUGAGCAAGUCAAUAUACUAGAACUCAAUCAACAGAUAGUGGAUGGGAAAAAGGCUUCUCAGGUAGUUUGUCAGUAUGUAGAUUGGUUAUUGUCUACAUAUAAUCCAGAUCCACCAGAUAAUGGCACAUGGGUGAAGCCCUCUAUUCAUCCUUGUCAAAAGCGUCACAAGGACCUUGUAAGUUUACAAGACUCUGAACAAGAUUAUGUUGAUUUGUUGAAUACUGUACAAAGGCACACUCGCUGUAGUACAAACUAUUGUCUUAGAAAGAAACAAAACGAAACAGAACUGAAAUGUAGAUUUAAGUUUCCAUUUCAACCUUGUGUUAAUACAAAACUAGAGUUUGAGCCCAUUCAUACAAAAGAUCGAAGCACUCAAUACAAAGCAAAGAUCAUAACAAAGAGGAAUGAUAGCAGACUCAAUAAUCACCAACGACUUCAGCUUCAAGGCUGGAGGGCAAACUGUGAUAUUCAAGUAAUCAUUGAUUAUCAUGCAUGUGUUGAAUACCUUGCAAAAUAUGCUUCAAAAGGUGAACCAAAGUCACCUGUAAUGAAACUUGCAUUUAAUUCUAUUGUCCGUAAUUGCAACAACAAUAGCAACCCUACAAAAUUGAUAAAAAAAGUGAUAAUGAAAUCACUUGGCCAACGUGACUUCUCUGCACAAGAGACUAUGCAUCAUCUCAUGUCACUGAAACUUGUCAGCUCAUCAUUUAAUGUGGUACCUAUUAGUCUAAAUGGUUCACGUAGAAUCAAAACUAUAACAAAUGAUGGAGAUACUGUAACCAAUGACUCAUUGCUUGAUACUUACGCUAAAAGGGAAAAAUAUAUUCAAACCAUCCCAGAUAUAAUGGCUCUUAAUUUCAUUCAUUUUGCAACAAAAUACAAACUUGUCAACAACAAACUAACAGUUCAGCCUCAUAACAUGAUUCCCAGAGUUUUUCCAGUAUUUUCUUCCAAUUCAAAAGGUCCAAAUUUUGGACUUUAUUGCAAAUAUCAGUUACUUAAGCACAAACCUUGGCAUACUACACAAGACAAUGCCUGGGAUUGUCAGGAAGGCACUGAUGAAAUAUACAUCACAAAAUGGAAGGAAUUUCUACAAACACCAUAUGCUGAAGAGCAUGUUCCUGACUGGUAUGAAAAACUACAAAGUGUACAGAAUAACACAGAAGAGGAACCAAAUAUAGAGCACUCUUCAGAAGAGCUUCCACAGCGUGAAGAGUGGAUGGAUUUAGCAGAUCUCAUACCUGGGUAUUUUGUUAACCAAGAUAAUAUAACACAACAAACCUCUCAGCCUGAUUAUGACUGGCAAAAUGACAAGAUUAAGUAUGCAAAUCACUUAAUACAGGAAAUGCCAUCCUGGGUAAAAACUAAGAAAGAUACUUUGGAUUCUACCUUUGGUUUGCAACAACAAAAUAUUGAUGUUAAUACAUUCAGUGACAUGCAAAGACAUGCCUACAAUAUGGUGAAAGCACAUUCUGAACAAGCCUGCCCUAAAGAUCCAUUGCUUCUUAUUAUACUUGGAGUUGCCGGUACAGGGAAAAGUUACCUCAUUAAUGCCAUCCGAAACCUGCUCCAACACUCUUGUGCAGUGACUGCCACAACUGGCAAAGCUUCAUUUAACAUAAACGGAUGUACAAUCCAUUCACUAUUAAAAUUGCCUGUUGGCCCAAGACAUAACAAAGAAUUAACAGGACAAGGGCUUGUCACAUUACAAACCAAGCUGAAAGAUAUCAGUUAUAUCCUAAUUGAUGAAUACUCUAUGCUAGGACAAACAUUGUUUGGCUGGAUUGAUAGACGCUGCCGACAAGCAACAGGCAAAAAUGACAAAGUAUUUGGUGGUAAAUCCAUGAUAUUAGUUGGUGACCCAGCUCAAUUGCCUCCAGUGGCAGAUAAGCCAUUAUAUCAUUCGAGACCCUCCAGUUCUACAGGUGAACAAGGCUAUUUAGCUUAUCACAUGUUUGGCAAUGUUGUAAAACUGUCAGUAAACCAGAGGGUUCAAGGCUUAAAUCAACAGCAAGCUCAGUUUAGAGAUUUACUCAUACGCCUUCGCACAGGAGAUUCUAAUGAGCAAGAUUGGAAACUUCUUUUGGCAAGACAGCCUUCCAUAGCAUUGAACGUGAAUGAGUUUCAAGAUGCCACUAGGCUCUAUUUCAGCAAUGAAGAAGUUGCUAAUUAUAACUUUGAAAAGUUAUCAGAACUUCAUCAGCCAAUAGCCUGCAUCACUGCACGUCACUCUAGUGAUAUAGCUAAGAAAGCAAGUUCAGAUGACAUGUCAGGUUUACAACCGACCAUUUUCCUUGCAAAAGGUGCACAUGUAAUGCUUACCAUGAACCUAUGGAUAGAUGUUGGACUUUGUAACGGUGCAACUGGAACGGUUGAAGAUUUCAUUUAUGCAAACAACCAGCAACCACCAGACUUGCCUGUCGCUGUCAUAGUAAAAUUUAAUGAGUAUAGAGGUCCAUCUAUCAGUGAUAGCAUUCCACGAUGUGUGCCUAUAUGCCCAAUAACAAUAACCUCACAGACACUAGAUGGUUUACAUGAGAGACAACAGUUGCCUCUCAAACUUGCUUGGGCAAUCACAAUACACAAGAGCCAAGGGUUAACACUGCCAAAAGCAUGGAUUGACAUUGGUCAGACUGAAACUACUGCAGGCAUUUCAUAUGUAGCUAUAAGCAGAACAAGACAGAGAUCUAAUAUGGCUUCAGAAAAACAAGACAUAACUUGCUUUGUGCAUAAUGUCUCACCAGUAAAAAAAUCUGGACCAACAAACUACUUUAACUGCCACCUUCAGACAGAGAAAGAUCUCAUUGGCAGUGUAUGCUUUGCAACUGAAAAGAAGGAAACUCUUGAUGCAAUGGCCACACAAAGAUCACCGGUUAAAAUUUCAAAUUUUAACAUCAGCAAUAAGUAUGGACGAAGUGAUGUAGUAAUAAACAGGAACACAACCAUCACUUCAACAACAGCUGAUUUUCCUUACAAAGCACAAGAUGAUGUCACAUCAAUUGCAUCCUUGUCAAAAGUAGCACCACAACAGCUAGUGUCAAUAAAAGGAAAGAUAUCACAUCUAAGUGCGACCAAAACUAUAGUCAUCCAAGAUUCUCCUGUCAAAAAACAGGAAGGCUAUAUAGUUGAUCCAUCUGGUUACAUAAAAGUUAUUUUCUGGGGUGAGCAUGUUGACAGCGUCACACCACAGUCCACCUAUUUCUUCAACAACUUGAGAAUGAAAGUAUCUCAGAAUCAAAGAUACUUGAACACACCAAAACAAGAUAAUUUAUACACCAUCAAGGACGCUGAACCCUUCAAACAAACAUUACCUGAAGUCAAUGACAUCUCAACAACAACAGAAACCAUUGGAGAAAUACUAGGAAUAAGCAGUGUCACCAAAUACAACUGUUGUUGUUCAUGUUCAAAAAAAGUUACAAUCAAGGGAAAAAUUGCAGUCUGCGAUAACUGCAAAGUAACACAAAAGGCAACCAGCUGCAGUGUAAAGUGGACACUCAAGAUCCAUAUCCAAAACUCCAAACAACCACUGCAGAAGCUUCAGCUACAGGUUUAUCAAGAAGCAGUGUCAAAGUUGUUUUCAAUUUGUCACUUAAUUGCAAAUGAAACAACAGAGGAGGAAAUCACAGAGGCUGUCUUAAACCUAGACACAGUUAAAGUAUGCUUUGACAUGCAAACGCGAAAACUUGUGGACAUUGAAAAAAUUGCCAUUUAACAUGUUUUGUUGCAUUUUCCUUUGUAACAAACCAAUCUCUAGUAACUAUUUAAGUUACUAAUAAUUCAUGCUAUGAGAUACAAACACUAAAACUUUUAGAUAUCACAAAAACUUUUAUAGCACUUCAUUUUUGAAUUUCAUAUUAAACUUUCUUGAAACUAUUCCAUUUACUAUUAUUCACGUUACUGUUAGAAAAAUUAGUCUCGCUCAUUUAGUAUCUAAACUACAUUGUAAAUGAGUAGAUUCUCAUGUUUUAAUUAUUGCAUUUUACCUUGUGACUAAUCGAGUUAGUAUCAUCCAGGGCCCAGUUGUUCAAAAGACGAUUACUGCUAACCCACGAUUAAAGCUUAAUCAAAGAUUUAAUCUCUUUUGUUUAAAAAGAUUUCAAAAGCUAAUUAUAAGCUGCACAUGAAGUCAAAUCCAAAAAUAAAACUAAAGAGCAAGAAUCCUUAAGAAAAUCUCUUUUGGUUAUUAAUUUAACUGGAAUAAAAUUUGACGCUAACCCUGGGUUUGCUUAAUCGCGCUUUGAACAACCCGGCCCUGGUUACUGUUAAGAUAACAAAAAAUAGUUAAACAAUGCUGACACACAAACACGAAAUAUUUAGACAUGGAAAAAAAUCUAAGUUUCAUAGCAUUUUGAACUUCAUCACAGCUUCAUGUUCCAGUUGUUGUUAUAAAAUUUAGUCUAUCUCUUUCAGUUUUUCAAGAUACUAAGUAGAUUGACAUGUUUUUUUACAUUUUCUCUUGCAACUAACCAAUCCCAUGCAACUAUUCAAGUUACUAUUCAUGUUACUAUUAAAAUUUUUUUGUUAAACUAUGGUAUGACAUGCAAACACCAGAACUUUUAAACAUUGCAAAAAGUUUCAUAGCAUUACCAACUUCAUAACUUUCUUGAAACUAUUCAAUUUACUAUUAUUCAUGUUACCGUUACAAAAAUUAGUCUCACUCAUUUAGUAUCUGAACUACAUUGUAAAUGAGUAGAUUGACAUGUUCUAAUUACUGCAUUUUACCUUGUGACUAAUCGAGUUAGUAUCAUCCAGGUUACUGUUAAGUUAAGAAAAAUUGUUAAACAAUGCUAUGACACACAGACACGAAACGUUUAGACAUGGAAAAAUCUAAUUUUCAUAGCAUUUUGAACUUCAUCAUAGCCUCAUGUUGUUGUUAUAAAAUCUACUCUAUCAUUUUCAGUUUUUCAAGAUACUGAGUAGACUAACAUGUUUUGUUACAUUUUCCCUUGCAACUAACCAAUCCCUUGUAACUAUUCAAGUUACUAUCAUUCAUGUUACUGUUACAAAAGUUAGUCUCCCACAAUCAGUAUCUAAACUACAUUGUAACUAAGUAGAUAAACAUCUUUGGUUACAUAUUUGGGUUUCACUAUUAAAGUUGCUAUUGUUCAUGUUGCUCUUUAAA